AGCAUUUCCGGCACUCUUACGCUAGACGUCGCACUCGUUCACACAAAGUGCGGAGAUCGACUCUCUUCGGUCCAUGGGUUUCACACUAAUACAAUUGUAACGGUACAUACCGCUAGACUACUCCCAGCAAGGCGCGCUAAUCCCAGCCAGCCGACGCUCGUGGCCAAUUAGGUCGCCCGCGGACUGCCCAGAAGGCUGAGCCUACCUAACACUAAAUUAUUCCGCCGUGCUUCUCGUUUCAAGCUGUUUCAUCCGGUGCCGAUGGGUAUUUCUUGUUGGGAAAGAAAAAGCGACCGACAUCGGGUUGCAUGCCGCAAGCCAGCUCGGCAGAUACAGCUGUCCUGGACCUGCUUCAUGGCGCUGAGUGCUAUCCUAUUGAGUAGCGUACUCACGUCAUCUUGGUCAGCGGGCACGCAGUCGCUCCCCGAACCAAGCAACGGCAGUGACAUGUUCGCCCGCAGCGAGGUUUCGCCGCCGUUGAUGAGCGCAGCCGUCGCCGCGGCCCUGGUUGUGGGCGCCUGCUGCGCUGUCUGGCUUAUGGCCCUCUUGCUUGCUCGGCGGCCCGCUGCCGGCGUGGCGAAGUCACUCUUCAACGAGGCCCUCCGUGGCGUCCCCCAUGUGCCGUGCGGCCCUUCGAUGCCCUUGGCCACAUCCGACGGCUCUCCGUCGUGCCCCCAGCAGGCAUGCAAGGAUGGCGACGGCCAGCCCGACACGUCUGCUGCAUCAACGGCGGGAAAUGCAGGAAACAAGGCGGGGGAGGAGGAUAUGCCCGCGCACCCAAAACACACGGCUGCUGCUGUCAUCACCUCUUGUGCCAACGACCUUUCAUCAUCCCCCCGCCUGCACACCGUGGACGCGCCGCUGCCCCCCGUCCUCCACGUUUCCCCUGAGGUGGCAAACGGCGGCGCCACCGCAUCGCCGCCGCGCGUCCUAAAGACAGCAGCUCCCACGACCGCUCACCACAAUAAGCCCACUGUGCUCGUGUGCGGCGGGGGCAACGCCGCCCAGACCGGCGCCGCGUUCUUCUCCGCACGCGGCUACACCACACACGUGCUGUCCAUGCGGCCGGGCCACGCGGAGCGCUGGAACGACGCGAUGAGGAGCUGGAGGCCCGACGAGGGGGCACCUGCUGCUGCUACAGCCGUCCCCACGGCUACUGCUGCUCCUGCCGCGGCCCUUGCUAUUGCCGACCCUGCUGAUGAUGCGCAUGAUGCCGCGCCCUCAGCCGUGGCAAUGGCGGCCGUGGCAAGCAAGCCCGUGCACCAGCACCCCGCAGUCAUGGCCGCUGCUGCGCUCGUGGAUGCGGAUACGUCCACGCUUCUGAGACAAGGCCCCAUCAACAGAACCGCCAGCAGCGCCAGCAGCAGCAGCUGCGGCAGCUGUGGCAGUGGUUUCAGCUUCAGCAACAACUUCGGCGGCACAGUCGUCACGAUCAGUAACAGCCGCCGCAGCAGCUGUUGCAGCAGCUACAGUCGCCGCAGCAGCGGCUACAGCUUCAGCACCACGACCGCCGCCGCCGCCGCUAUCACCGCCAUCACCUCCAAGGCCACCACCACCGCACCCACCCGUACCACCGCCUUUGUGGGCAUGCGCCUCACACUCUUGAACACGGCUCCUGCUGCCGCUGGCGACAACAGUUGCAAUCCCGCCGCCCCCGCCCCCGCCGCCGCCGCCACUGCUACCGAGCACCUGUACGGCACGCCUGCCUCCGUCAGCUCCGACCCCGCCGUGGCCGCCGCCGCCGACGUCAUUGUGCUGGCCGUGCCCUCCCUCGCCCACGGCGAAUACCUGGCGGCGCUCCGCCCGCACCUGCGCCCCGGCGCCGUCAUUAUCGCCAUGCCUGCCCGCUCGGGCGGGGACCUCCUCUUCUCCACCGCCCUGGCCGAGCGCGCCGCCGACUGCUGCUUCGUGGGCUGCGACACCCUGCCCUGGGCCUGUCGCUUCACGGAGUGGGGCAAGGCGGUGUGCAUCCUGGGCACCAAGGCAUCCAUCCGGGCGGCGGUGACGCCGCCGCGCGCCACGCCGGCGGCGCUGGGCGUGCUGCAGGCUCUGCUGGGCGCGCGGACGCGGGUGGUGGGUUGCGGCUCCAACCUGGCCAUCAGCUUGCGCAACCCGGGACAGGUGAUCCACCCGGGUAUCAUGUACGGCCGUUGGUGCCCUCAGCGCUGGGACGGCCGCCCGCUGCCGGCAGCAGCAGCAGCCGCUGGUACUGGUGGUGGCGGCGGUGGCGGCGGCGGCAAGCCGCUGUUCUACCAGGGAGUGGACGCCUUCACCGAGGGGGUGCUGCAGGGCCUGUCGGACGAGGUUCAGGCGGUGCGUGCCGCUCUGGAGGCCGCGGUGCCCGCCAUGGCCGAGGCCGCCGCCACACAGCAGCAGCAGCAGCAGCAGCAGGAGGAGCAGGAGGAGGAGGAGCAGCAGCAGGCACAGCAGCCCCCACCAAUAGGACGCACCCACCACCCCCGCACGCACCGCACGCACCGCACGCCGCCGCUGGUGUUGGACCUGAGCGAUGCCCUGCCGCUGCACGAGUGGUACCUGCAGUCCUACCCGGGAGCCAUCGCCGACCCCACCACCCUGGGCUCCUGCAUGCGCACCUGCUCCGCCUACGCCGGACUCACCCAUCCCAUGGUGCCGCACCAGCAACAGCCGCAGCAGCCGCAACAGCCGCAGCAGCCGCAGGAGCAGGAGGAGCCGCUACAGCCGCUACAGCCUCAGGAGCAGGAGCAGCUGCUGCUACUGCCGGACCUGCGCCACCGCUACCUGUCCGAGGACGUGCCCACCGGCCUCGCCUUCACCCGCGGUCUUGCCGAGCUCGUCGGCGUGGCCACCCCCACCAUGGAUAAAGUGCUCGGCUGGGCGCAGGCGGCACUGGGGCUGGAGCUGUUGGUGGGUGGCCGCAUGGUGGGCCGCGACCUGGCCAAGAGCCGUGCGCCGCAGGCACUGGGCAUUCACAGCUUGGAGGACUUUCUGCGGGUGUCCGGCAUUAUUCUUGCACUGGAUGCGUGAUGAAGAGGAAGAGGGGCCGGCGGAGGGUCGAGCAGAGCGAGGGGGAGGAGGAGGAGGGGGGAGGCGUGGAGGGGGAGCAGGGGCGAGCCCGCCGUUGGAGGCUUAGGGGACCUGCUCUGAGUUAUAUGUACGGUAAAGGGGUAGGGACUGGAUUGUGGAUGAUUGGGCAGCUGGCACACGCUGAGUGCCGCCCUCUCCGUGUGUGGCGGCCUGGCGGGGCUUGUGAUGCUUGGGUGCGUGUGGCCCCACACACACACACAGCUGUGAUUACAUCCAUUCAUACAUGUAUUCUGUGGACGCCAGCCAGUGCGCGCGCCUAGCGCGCCUUGCCAUUUGCACGGGUAUGUGAUGGGACAGGGUUUAGGCAGGUUGGCGAGGCGCCUUGCCUUUUGCAGGGGUGUGUUGCUUCAGGUAUAUGUCCUGCGGGUUGCUUGGUUUGGUAAGGAAGUAAGAAGGUUGAGGGCUUGAGGCAUUGAAGGCAUGCGAGAGUUUACUGAAACUAACGUAUGUGCGCCUUCGCCGGUGUACUAGCUGGGUGGACGCGCCCUGCACAAGGGAGCUUCCUCUGAACUGAACUCAUAUAAACCAAGACAGCCUGGCGCAUGCUACAUGCGUGCGUUUACCAGCGCCAAAAGGUGCAGCAUGCAGGAGGUCGUUGCUGCGGGAUGUCAGUGUGGCUCGUGGGCUUACGUGUGCGCCCCGCCAGUGUGGCUCUCAGGACCGCACGUCAGAAUGAGUGCCGUGUGUGGCAGUACGGUAGCGCGUGCGCGCGCACCUUUUCUUCAUCACCUGUAGAAGGUCGUCCCUGAGAACGCAUGUCGGGCAUGUAUCCGCCGCGUUGCCCACGUGGGGCCUAACUCGAAUGAAAUUGCCUGUGUUUGGCUAGGGGCGCCGCAAAGGUGUCCCUACGGCACUCAUCCAAACUUUCAUCCAGAGAAUUCAUGUCUUGCUGGUCUUGCCGUUGCCUGUUGACGCCUGGCCCAGAAUGAAGGCAGGCCGUUUGCGUGCAUUCCUGUUUCCCUUGGUCGGUGCUUUCACAUUCCGGGGACGCCGCGACGCACCCGUGUCGUAGUGCCAUGCCAGCUGGGGUACCUGGGCAAGUGUGAGAGCGAACUGGCGCGGUACAUCAGAACAUGAUUAUGCAUCCAGUGCCUUCGUGUUUUCUCCAUUCAUGGAUUCAAUGCUUCAUUCUUGAGCUAGCAUCUCGGUCUUGAGAGUUGGAGCGAGAGUGGAUCUUGUCGGUUGUUGCGUGAGUGUGUGAGAGUCGGAGCGUGAAUUCAACCCAGACCGCCAGACGGCCUGAUGAUUGUGCCGUAUAUUGUGCCGAUACUUUGGUACGUAUCAAACCAUCCCGCACGCUGGAAUGCGUCAUGCCGUUGCGUGUUGUAUUAGUAAGUUGCCAGGGUUCCGUCUUUUUAAU